ACAUUACGAAAUAAAGAAAAAUUGCCAAUAUAUGAUGAUAUAGAGAAGGACAUUGAUAGAUGUUACCCUGAUCAUAUUCACUUUCGGGAAAAAGGAUUUGGACAAGAGGAUCUUUUUAAUAUAUUGAAAGCGUAUGCACAUUAUGAUACAGUAGUAGGGUAUUGUCAGGGCAUGGGUCGUCUAGUUGGAAUGAUGUUAAUGCAGAUGCCUGCCGAGGAUACUUUUUGGCUCCUUGUUGCUACAAUUGAAGAAUACAUGGGUGGUUACUUUGCUCCAGAUUUACCACAAAUUAAAGUAGAUUCUCGAAUAUUUGAUUUGCUAUUAUACGAACAUGAUCCCAAGUUGGCGCAGCAUUUUAGAAAUGAGUCUGUUGAUCCAAUCCUUUACAUUCCAAAAUGGUUCUUGACGAUAUUUACUAUGGUUUUACCAUGGGCAUCAGUUCUUCGCGUAUGGGAUGUAUUUUAUUUCGAAGGUGUCAAGCUAUUUUUCAGAAUUGGAUUAGCAAUCUUAAAUUGUACACGAGAUUAUAUAUUGAACCAUUGUCCAACAAUUUCAGAAAUUCUAGAAUUUUUGGGUUCAAUUCCACACGAACUAUUAACACCUGACUUACUUUUAGAUGCUGCCUUCAAGAUUAAACUGAAGCGCAGUACAAUAAAGAGAUUGACUAAAAAAGCAUCAGAAAAGAAUGAAUCAGAUAAGAAAGUGAAAAUUGAAGGAAUUGAGUUUACAUUAAUUGGUGAUGUAAAAAAAGGCUGA